AUGGCUCCUUCUGUACUUGACGCCAGCAUGCAGAUAUUUCUUUAUGGCACACUUGGCGAUCUAUAUCAAAGUGUUUUUCAAGCAACUAAGGCAAUAGAUUGUUAUGAUUAUAUUCUUUCACUCAUUUCUGGUAGUGGCAAUCRAGCUGUUGAGAUGGAGGCUACACAACAAUUAGGCAACUGCUAUCAAUUAUUACAGGAAUAUCACAAGACCAUUGAAUACUAUAAAAGAACACUAACCAUUGCUCAAGAAAUUGGAAACAAAAUGGAAGAAGAAAACGCCUAUUGUCGAUUAGGGGCUGCCUAUCAUUCAUUGGGGAAAUAUCAAAUGGCGAUUGAGUAUCAUAAAAAGUGCCUAAACAUAGCWAAWGAGAUUGGUGACAGAUUUGGAGAAGGAAACACCUAUUGCCAUUUAGGAAUUGUCUGUCAAUCACUAGGAGAAUAUCACAAGGCCAUUGAAUAUUACUUAAAGAGUCUAACCAUCGCUGAAGAGAUUACUGACAAACGUUUAGAAGGGAACGGUUAUGGCAAUUUAGGAAGUACCUAUGUUGCAAUAGCGGAAUAUGAAAACGCUAUUGAAUGUCAAGAAAAGAGCCUAAGUAUUGCUAAAGAGAUUGGCGACAAAGAUAAAGAAGCAGCAGCUUAUGUAAAUCUAGGAAGUGGCUAUGCAUCAUUAGGAGAAUAUCAGAAGGCAAUCGAAAACCAUGAAAAGAGCCUUAACGUUUUCAAAGAGAUCGGUAACAGACUUGGUGAAGGAGUUACUUAUAUGAGCUUGGGGAAUGCCUAUAAAUCUCUGGGGAAAUGCGACAAGGCCAUGGAAUACUUUGAAAAGAAACUAGGAAUUGAUAAAGAGAUCUGUAACAAGCAGGGAGAAGGACGUGCUUAUGCAAAUUUAGGAACUGUUUAUGAAUUAUUAG